AUGCCUCCCACAACAAAGACAUCAGGCAGUUGCUGGAUCUGUCGAAUCCGACACAAGAAAUGCGAUGAAUCAUUACCAAGGUGUCAAAACUGCGAAGCCCUCGAGCUAUCAUGUCUCUACAGCGAUGUCAAGCCAGAAUGGAUGGACAAUGGGGACAAGCAGCGCGAGAUGUCCCAGCGCCUCAAGGCCCAAGUCAAACGCAAUGCAAAGGAGCGUCGGGGCAGGCGAAUGAUCCAGAAGAUAACCCGAGAGAUCGAGGGGCACAGUCCUGUUCAAGAGUCAAUCACGGUAGACCAAACAACAGACCCUCAUGUCUCAGAUACAGACAAUACUACCCCGACUGAAAAUCUGCCAUUCAAUAUCUCUCCUACGGCUGAGAACUCGAGAAACCUCAUACAAAGGGAGGACCCAACUCAUACUUUCUUCGGCUCUGGAUCAGGACCACUGGUUAUCCAGAACGAGCAGGAUUUACGCUUUAUCACAGCCUACACGGACUACAUCUUCCCUCUUCUCAAUCCCUUCUACCGCCCGACCUUUCUUGAAGGGGGGCGAAGCUGGCUUCUGGUCUUUUCCAUGAGAAACACGGAAUCAUGCCAGCUAGUCAUCAGCCUGGCGACAUACUUUCUCUCAGUUGUGCCUGUUUUCCCAGGUCCUGGACAUGGUGUGUGUUCAUCGCAUACCUGGCAACAGGUACAGAGUCAAUCUGAUCUUGCAGUCAAGGGCAUGCAGCAGAGGGUUGAAGCGAUAAGCCGAUGUGGUGUUUCUGGCAAUCUUUUGCAGAGCACUCAUCUAUUAGGCGACAUCAUGUUGCUUCUCAAGUUUGAGACCAUGGCAGGUUCUUCUUCAAGUUGGGGAGUUCAUCUCUGUGCUGCGACCGUUCUCUUUGAGCAAUUCCUCUCCUCGCCGGACUUUGACGAUAGCGUUUGGAAGAUACCGUCUGACGUGGAAGAGCUGGUCUCACAAUCGAGGUCGGCGCUAUCGACCACUGAAGCCCAUAGAUUUGAAGCUUCGCAAACAGCAUUUCGGUUCUUCAGCGCGGCCGUCAUAACCGCCGACAUCAUCGCCAGCACGGCUCUGGGGCAGCUGCCUCAACUGAGGGAGCACCAUGAGAGGGUGCUAGGCACUCGAGAGAAGCCCCAUCUCAACUUGAAGCAUAUCGUGGGCUGCGAAAAUUGGAUUUUUCUAUCGAUAGCGGACAUUAUUGAGCUUGACUUGUGGAAGAAACAGGCCAAGAAGAGCGGCGCGUUCUCGUUGAUGGACUUGAUUCAGCGCGCUAGCAGGAUCACUCAAGAUCUGGAUAAUGGUCUUGCAAGUCCUUCUGGCCCAGACAAUGAGGAUGCACGCAACAAGGACGGCAUCUUUUCAAUGUUCAAUCCACAGCGAGGGCAAAUCAUUGAUCACAGCAUUGUCACGCGCAUCUGGGCCAAUGCUGCGAGACUCUAUCUGCUUGUAGUUCUCUCAGGCUGGCAACCCGGGAGCAGCGAAAUACGAGAAAUCGUCUCAAAGAACACCGAGCUGCUAAAUAACCUGCAGUCUCCAAGUUGGUUGCUCGCUUUGGCUUGGCCUUUUUGCGUGACGGGCUGUUUGGUCACAAAAGACCAAGAAUACGUUGUUUGCGACAUUUACGAAGCGACUGAGCCGUUGAAAAAUAUCGGACCGAUUUCAGAGGCAAUGGGAAUUAUUAGGCGCGUAUGGGAACAACGUGAGGGACUAAUCGGAGAGACAUGGGAUAUGGCAUCAUGUUUUGGAAGCAUGGGAAGAACAGUUCUGUUAAUCUGA